AUGUGCAUAGAUACAAUAGAAAAUUUAACUGAAAGUAAAGAUAUUCUUGAAGAAGUUAUUUCUAAGCUUGGGAAACAUAAUCCUUUUGCUGAUACUUGCGGUGUCGUCUCUUGUCCUAAAAUAUGUAAAAAAAUUCCUGACAAAAAAAAAUUGAGUAAUGAUAAUGUAAAUGCACCACUAAGUGAAGUACCAGUUAUCGAUAAUACUAAAAAGAAUGUUAACAGCAUUGAACAUGAUAAAGUUCAGAAAAAGAAAAAAUCUGGCAUAACCAAAAAACUUAAUAGCAAAGAACAUAGAAAAAGUAUAGACGAUAACUCUUUAAGUACCUUUGACAAGAAUUUAGAAGAAACUAAAAUAAAAGAUAAUAUAGUAAAGAAGGAAAAACCAAAACGAACUUCAGAGGAUGAGUUGAUGGCAAAAUUAAUGAAAUCAUUUAAAAUACAAACAGAGAAGACAGCAAGCGAACCCAAGUCUGUAAAAAUACCACAGCUGCCAAAUAUAGCAGACUUGCCUACCGUCCAGCGUAAAAUUCCUAAAAAAAUUUUAGACGAUCCAUCUGUUUCAGAAAGUAUUGUUGAAUGUGAUAUGCUAAAUUCUGCGAGUAAAAUGAUGAUAAAGGGCACAAAUGUUGUCCCAUAUAAAGCAGCUGUUCCUACAAAUAGUUCAAUAAUUCCUAUACUAUUUGAGAGUAAAUUAGAUUUUACAACUGAAGGGACUGUGGAAGUCAGUGAUUUGAGUACAGAAGAUUCGAUGAAAUCUAAAAAGAAAUCUAAAAAUGAAUAUGAAAGUAAGAAUGGUGGAAAUAUUUUCAAAUAUAUGUUAUCCGAUCAGAAAUUUAUUGAAAGGGGUUGGACAAUGCUACCUACAACUAAAAUACUUCGCAGGAUGAAUGUAUAUAAAAUGAUACCAACAAACCCUCAAGCUGAUUGGUUCAAAAAACACCAAAAUAAAAGGGUUACUAUGUAUAACACAGGUGAAAAAUUUGCUGAAAUUUAUGAAGAUGGCAAAGGUAGAUGGUAUUACAAAAAUGGCAAGUUGGCAUUGGAUUACUAUAAAUUACAAGGAACUAAAAAAGACUACAGAUAUGUUAUUUAUAGUUCAGGAGAAAAUCAUGAUUUCGGCAGAAAUUUACCAGUUACCGUUCUGGCAUCAUUUGACUCUCUUGGCAACGGGGUUGUAUAUGACCACUAUGGGAAUGAAAGGUUGAAGUAUAAUCAAUCUGAAGGACUAGUUGUCGAUGAAAAAAUCGGACCACGUGGUCGUUGGAAAUGGCACACUUUGAAUGAUCCUCCGGUUCUUACACCUGUCCUUGUUGAUACACACGUAAAAUUAGAUAAAUGUUUUCAAAACCUUGGGUUUCGAGAUGAUGAUGAUAAAUCAGUGACGAGCAGAAAAAAUAAGCAAGAACCUGAUGAUAGUAUGCUCACUAUAGAACUUGAAAAUUUCAUGAAAGAGAAAGCGCAUAAAUUAAUGCAAAAAUUCAAACCUUUACACAUAAAAAUGAAAGCGCUCAAAAUAAACAACCAGUUCUCACUUAAGAUAUUGGAUCAAUCAAACAUUUACCUAAUGUUUCGAGAUGGUAAAAUGUCUAUAAAGCUAAGUCUUGGUUUAUUAUUGAUGAGUAAUGAAAUUAUAGAUUCUGAGACAUCAGAAUUGUCUGAAGUGGCUACAGUUUAUGAUAUUUGGCCUCCAAAAUCGCAGAGUAUAGCUGACUUGCAGCAGACAGUGGAAAAGGCUAGGCGUCUAGGUAAAUGUCAUGCUAAGUUACGUCGUUAA